UUUCCCAAUUCACCUCCAAGUGUUCUUCUCACAGCCCAUCAAUCAUGCAUUGUAAAGGGUAAAUCAAUCUUCAGGAAGAAGAAGAGGAAGAAGAAGCAAUGGAGGAAAGCCUAGAUCACCGAAACUCUCUUGCAGCUCCCCUAAUUUUCACCGUCGUCAUCUCCUUCCAAUUCAUUUCCGUGUGGCUAGAACUCUCCAAGAAGAGAGGGUUGAGAAGUGCUGAAGAUGACAAGUUGCGUGGAGAAAUAAAGCAACUCUUGAAGGAGGCAAGCGCAUUUUCACAGCCAUCAACAUUUGCACAGGCUGCAAAACUCAGAAGGAUGGCAGCAGCUAAGGAGAAGGAACUUCUGAAAAAUCAAGAAUCACUCAACAGGGAAAAGAAAUCGUCUUAUGAUUCUUAUCUGAAAGCUCUGCUCUUUUUGAAGGUGUUUUUUUAUUUUGUGCUGGUUUGCUGGUAUUGGAGCUCUCCUGUUGCUGCCAUAUCUAAGCAACUUGUGCAACCCUUUGGAAAGGUGUUAUCUUGGAGAUCUGGGGUUUCUUCGAAUGACAAUGUUAUGGUUGGAAUUAUUCCAUGGCUGGUAUUGUCUACCAGAGUAAGCAAAUUCAUCUGCCGAAAAGUCCUCAAUUAAAGGAAAGAGGUAUAUGAGCAACCUUGUUUCUGUAUUAUAUACUGUUUUAGCUUUGAACGUUGGGUAUGUAAAUUCAGUUUUGGAACGAUGAAUGUUAAAUCAACUGCCCGUCGACUAUUUUGAUUCUGUAUUAUGCUACAUUGUUGAACCUUGCAUUUCGGAUAUGUAAAUUUUGUGGAGUGGUGAAUGGAAUAUCAACAGCCUGUUAAUCGGUGGGUUUAUAUCUCUCA